AUGGGCAGCAGGAGCUGGAACUGGGCUCUGGUCUUGGCCUCUGUAGCCUUAUUCACGAUAUGGCCAGCAGAGAGCCAGAGCCAGGUAAAACUGAGCUCAGAACACCCCGAACUCACCGUAGAUGGUCAGAAAGUGUACAGUGCUCCCACAUCCUCAUCCACCCAGCAUGUCACCUUCAUCCCACCCAUGACUGUCUUCCCGACCAUGAGCCCUGCAAACCUGGCGCACAAUGGGAGGGUGUGCAGCACAUGGGGUGACUUCCACUACAAGACCUUCGACGGUGACAUGUUCCACUUCCCUGGCCUCUGUAACUAUGUCUUCUCUUCACACUGUGGGGCCACCUACGAGGACUUCAACAUCCAACUGCGUCGUGGUCUUGAGGGCUCCAGGCCUGUGGUCACUCAUGUGGUCCUCAGGGCCCAGGGGCUGGUGAUUGAGCUGGCCAAUGGCUCUGUCCUGGUGGAUGGACAGCAGGUGGAGCUGCCCUACAGCCGUGCAGGUCUUCUGAUGGAGAAGAGCAGUGGGUAUGUGAAGGUCAGCAUCCGGCUAGUCCUCACCUUCCUGUGGAAUGAAGACAGUGCUCUGCUGGAGCUGGACUCCAAAUAUACUAACCAGACGUGUGGGCUGUGCGGCGACUUCAAUGGGCUCCCAGCUGUCAACGAGUUCUACGCCCACAACACCAGGCUGACCCCUGUACAGUUUGGAAACCUGCAGAAGCUGGAUGGUCCUACUGAGCAGUGCCAGGACACCCUGCCCUCAGCGGUCAGCAAUUGCACAGAUAGGGAGGACAUCUGCCGCCGCAUCCUGCUUGGCCCUGCCUUUGCCGAGUGCAUUGCCCUGGUAGAUGUCAACAUGUACUUGGAUGCCUGUGUCCAGGAUCUGUGCCGCUGCCCCACAUGCCCAUGUGCCACUUUUGCUGAAUAUUCCCGCCAGUGUGCCCAUGCAGGAGGCCAUCCGCAGAACUGGAGGAGUCCUGAUCUCUGCAACUGGACAUGCCCCUUCAACAUGGAACACCAGGAGUGCCGCUCGCCCUGCGUGGAUACCUGCUCCAACCCCCAACGCUCUCAACUCUGCGAGGAUCACUGCAUGGAUGGCUGCUUCUGUCCCCCAGGCACUGUGCUGGAUGACAUCAGACACUUGGGCUGCCUGCCCCUGGAGCAGUGCCAUUGCACCCAUGGUGGUCACACUUAUGCCCCUGGAGAGUCCUUCAACACCAGUUGCAGCUCCUGCACCUGCUCUGGGGGACUGUGGCAGUGCCAGGACCUGCCGUGCCCCGGCACCUGCUCUGUGCAAGGCGGGUCCCAUGUCUUCACCUAUGACGAGAAGCUCUACAAUGUGCAUGGGGACUGCAGCUACGUCCUGUCAAAGAAAUGUGCAGAUAGCGGCUUCACUGUGCUGGUCGAUCUGCGAAAGUGUGGAUUGACGGAUACUGAGAACUGCCUCAAAGCGGUUACACUCAACCUCAAUAGUGGGGACAUGGUCAUCCGGAUCCAGGCCAAUGGUGCUCUGUUCCUGAACUCCAUCUUUACUCAGCUUCCCAUGUCAGCAGCCAAUGUCACCAUCUUCAGUCCAUCAUCCUUCUUCAUUGUGGUGCAGACGGGCAUGGGACUGCAGCUGCAGGUGCAGCUGGUGCCCAUCAUGCAGGUGUUUGUCAGGCUGGACCCCUCCUACCAUGGCCAGAUGUGUGGCCUAUGUGGUAACUUCAACCAGAACCAGGCUGAUGACUUCACAGCCCUCAGCGGGGUAGUGGAGGGCACAGGAGCUGCCUUCUCCAACACCUGGAAGACUCAAGCCUCCUGCCCCAAUUCCAAGAGCACCUUUGAGGACCCCUGUUCGUACAGUGUGGAGACGGAGAACUAUGCCCAGAAGUGGUGUUCCAUGCUCAUUGAAAGCUCAGGAGUCUUCUCGGCCUGCCAUGCCACCGUCAGCCCGGUUCCCUUCUACUCGAACUGCAUGUUUGACACGUGCAACUGUGAAAACAGCGAGGACUGCAUGUGUGCCGCCCUGUCCUCCUAUGUGCACGCCUGUGCCGCCAAAGGCGUGCUGCUCAGUGGCUGGAGGGACAAUGUCUGCUUCAAGUACAUGAACAACUGUCCCAAAACCAAGAGCUACUCCUAUGCAGUGAGCACUUGCGAGCCUACCUGCCGCUCUCUGAGUGAAGCUGACGUCACCUGUGGCGUCUCCUUUGUGCCCGUGGAUGGCUGCACCUGCCCUGAAGGCACCUUCCUGAAUGACAAGGGUCACUGUGUGCGUGAUGAGGAGUGCCCCUGCUUCUUCCAUGGAACUGUGGUGGCCCCCAGAGAGUUCGUUAUGGACAAUGGGGUGGUGUGUUCGUGUGAAAAGGGGAAGCUGACCUGUCUUGGAGCCCUGAUGCAGAAGAACACAGAGUGCCAGGCACCUAUGGUAUAUCUGGACUGUAACAAUGCCUCAGUUGGUGACCAAGGGUCUGAAUGCCUCAGAAGCUGCCACACACUGGAUGUGGAAUGUUUCAGCACACACUGCGUCUCGGGCUGUGUGUGUCCCUCAGGGCUGGUAGCAGACGGGAAUGGGGGCUGCAUUGCUGAGGAGGACUGCCCCUGCGUACACAAUGAGGCCACCUAUAGACCUGGGGAGAGCAUUCGGGUAGACUGCAAUAACUGCACCUGCAGGAACCGCCGGUGGGAGUGCACUGACCAACCUUGUAUGGGUGCAUGUGUGGCCUAUGGGGAUGGCCAUUUUGUUACCUUUGAUGGUGAACGCUACAUCUUUGAAGGCAGCUGCGAGUAUACCUUGGUUCAGGACUACUGCAGAGGCAACACCAGUACUGAUGGGACCUUUCGUAUUAUCACUGAGAAUGUCCCUUGUGGGACCACGGGAACCACAUGUUCCAAGGCCAUCAAGAUCUUUGUGGAGAGCUACGAGCUGAUUCUUCAUGAGGGGAACUUCAAGGUGGUAGAGAGAGGGCCAAGUGGGGACUCUCCAUACAAGAUCAGAUACAUGGGCAUUUUCCUGGUCAUUGAGAUCCGCAGUGGGAUAGUCGUGUCCUGGGACAAGAAGACCAGUGUGUUUGUCCGACUGCAGCAGCAUUACAAGGGCAGGGUCUGUGGCUUGUGUGGGAAUUUUGACGGCAAUGCCAUCAAUGACUUCACCACGCGCAGCCAGUCUGUGGUGGGUGAUGUGCUGGAGUUUGGAAACAGCUGGAAGUUCUCUCCAUCCUGCCCAGAUGCCCCAGUUCCCAAGGACCCCUGCACUGCCAACCCUUACCGCAAGUCCUGGGCCCAGAAAAAGUGCAGCAUCAUCAACAGUGCGACCUUCGCCGCUUGCCACUCCCAGGUUGACUCUACCAAGUACUACGAAGCCUGUGUGCAUGAUGUGUGUGCCUGCGACUCAGGGGGUGACUGCGAGUGUUUCUGCACUGCUGUGGCUGCCUAUGCCCAGGCCUGCCGUGAUGUGGGCGUGUGCUUGUCCUGGAGGACACCGGACAUCUGCCCUCUUUUCUGUGACUACUACAACCCUCACGGGGAGUGUGAGUGGCAUUACCAGCCCUGUGGAGCUCCCUGUCUGAAGACCUGUCGAAACCCUGCUGGACACUGCCUUGUUGACCUGCCAGGCCUGGAAGGCUGCUACCCACAAUGCCCACCCAGUCAGCCCUUCUUCAAUGAGGACCAGAUGAAGUGUGUGGCCCAGUGUGGAUGCUAUGAUGAUGAUGGAAACUACCAUGAUAUUGGCACACAGGUCCCUAUAGCAGAGAACUGCCAGAGUUGUCUCUGCACCCCUGAUGGCCUCAAGUGUGUUCACAACCUUACAGCCUGCAUAUGCACCUAUGAGGGCCGUACCUACCACUACAAUGAUGUUGUCUACAACACCACGGAUGGCCUUGGUGCAUGCUUAGUAGCCAUCUGCAAAGACAAUGGGACAAUCAUACGCACAACAGAAGAGUGCCCUGCAGUCUCGUCUACCACGCCAUUCACAUUCACCACCACCUUGGCACCCCAUAUCACAACAGGCUCAGCUCCCACUGUAUCCACUGUGUCCACGGUAUGUGUCCGCGAGGUCUGCCACUGGUCCAUUUGGUAUGAUGAAAACCAUCCAGAGCCUGGCAUAACAGGUGGGGACUUUGAAACGUUUGAGAACCUGAGGCAGAAAGGGUACCAGGUGUGUCAAAGCCCUGCUGCCAUCGAGUGCCGUGCUAAGAAGUUCCCCAGCAUGGACUUACAGAAGCUGGGACAAAAGGUGAACUGUGAUCCAUCCUGGGGGCUGAAAUGUCUUAACAGUGAGCAGAGUCCGCCACUCUGCUAUAAUUACGAGCUGAGGGUUCUGUGCUGUGAUUACGUGCCCUGUACUUCCACCCUGACCUCAGGCGCAAGCACCACUCACUCCCAACCUGAGAUCAGCAGACAGUCCUCUUGGCCCACUCCCAGUGCUCAGACAGCAUCCUCAGUGUCCAAGUCCACACCCUCGUGGACCACAGAAGGGAAAGAGACAUCCCUGGAUACAAUUCACAGCUCAAGACAAACAGUGACAUUCACCUCAAAAAGGAGGGCCACUUCACAUCGUAUUGGGUCCACAAACUCAGCCAGCAGUCUUGUCACAUCCAACCCAACAUCAGUAUUCACCUCACAGACAGCGUCCACUACAAGAGCCAACACGGUCACACAGAUAAUCAGCAGCCCUGUGACCUCUACCACCUGCCAACCCCAAUGUCAGUGGACAGGAUGGCUUGACGCAGACUACCCCACGUCUGACAGGGAGGGAGAAGACAUUGAGACAUAUGAGAGAAUAAGGGCCUCUGGGGCAGAUAUCUGCGAACAGCCUCAGGGCAUCCAGUGUGUGGCCCAGAACUACCCUGACAUGAGUUUGGACAUGUUGGGUCAGGAAGUAACAUGUGAUGUCAACUUCGGUCUGGUGUGCCGCAACAGGGACCAGAAAGGUGAUUUGGGGAUGUGCUACAACUACAUGAUCCGGGUGCUGUGCUGCAGUGUGAGCCACUGCCAGGGACCGACCACCACUGCGGGCUCAACCCCCACACCACAAACUGCCACCACUGCCACCCAGACCCUGUCCUCCAAGCCUUAUCCCAACACCAGUCCAGUUGAGACCUGGUCUCCUUCAGGCUCCACCACCAGCAUCCAGGGCUCAGAGAUGCCCACCUCUGGGAUCCUGACUGCCAGUGUGUCAUCCACACCCAGCACUUCUCUGACAGCCACCUCAAAGACUACUCAGCAUCCCAGGAGCCCAGAAUCCUCUGGGACUCCUUCAGUGGUGACAACAAGGUCCACCUCUCAAGGGCACUCCCUACCUCCCAGCAGUCCCCAUGCCACCAGCGCAUUCUCAGCAACAACCUCAAGGACUUCCCUGGCCAGAGCGACAACCUUCUCUACCUCUCUGACCACACCUGGACCAUCCUAUUCCUCUGCUGGAAGCACCACCAUGAGUUCAGCCAUGGCGGCCUCCACGAGCACAGCAAUUACACAUUCCAAGACCACCCCAGAGCUCACUGGAGCUCCUUCAGCCAGCACCACAGAACCACGCAGGACACUGACCACGUCCACUUCAGCAGCCAGCACGGUCACACACACGGUCAGCAUGCCUGUGACCUCUACCACCUGCCAACCCCAAUGUCAGUGGACAGGGUGGCUUGACGCAGACUACCCCACGUCUGACAGGGAGGGAGAAGACAUUGAGACAUAUGAGAGAAUAAGGGCCUCUGGGGCAGAUAUCUGCGAACAGCCUCAGGGCAUCCAGUGUGUGGCCCAGAACUACCCUGACAUGAGUUUGGACAUGUUGGGUCAGGAAGUGACGUGUGAUGUCAACUUCGGUCUGGUGUGCCGCAACAGGGACCAGAAAGGUGAUUUUGUGAUGUGCUACAACUACAUGAUCCGGGUGCUGUGCUGCAGUGUGAGCUACUGCCAGGGACCAACCACCACUGCGGGCUCAACCCCCACACCACAAACUGCCACCACUGCCAGUUCCAGGUCAAUCACACAUACUGCCUGGCCUGUGUCCAGCAUAUCUACCAUCACCAGCACCACAGAAUCUAUUUCAUCCCCUGGAAAAACCACAAUCCUCACCAUGGCUUCUUCCACAGCUCCAACCACACCCAGGGAAACUCAAACCUCAUCAUGGCUAUCCACUGGUCUCUCCCCAGCCCUUACAACAAGGACCACUUCCACAGGCUGUAAGUUUCAAUGUACCUGGACAGAUUGGCUGGAUAGUGACAAACCUCAACCUGGCCAGUUUGGGGGAGAUAUUGAGACCUACUAUCAUAUUAGAAACAAGACAGGUAUCCAGGUAUGCAAGAAACCUGUGGACAUUGAAUGUGAAGCCAUCCUCUUCCCCAAUAUGUCCUUCCAGCAGCUGGGCCAGGAGGUGGUGUGUAAUGUGGACUUUGGACUCAUCUGCAGGAAUAGCAAGCAGGCCAACAACCAAACCUGUUUCAACUACCAUAUCCGUGUGCUCUGCUGUGAGGAAGACAUGAGCUGUUUUAGCACAAGGGGAUCACUGUCCACCACCUUCAGUCCAGUGACUGAAUCCCCUCAUACGGCAGCACCACUGCCGUCCACUUCCACACCGGCACCUGGAUUUCUCAGUACACUCUCCAUGUCCACAAACAAGAGGCCAUCGGAGGAGCCAACGGCCUCAACUUCACUCACAACACUAAGGAGAAUCUCUUUCCCUAGGACAGACACGGUUGUCUCCACUGGCACAAUUGGGACUACUGAGAGAUUGUCUGUCUCUAGUAUGUCAACAAGUUCAGCCUCUCCAACUACCUUCCUCCAAACAUCAAAAGAGCAACACUCAGGUAAACCAAACACAACUUCAUGGACAGUUUCCUCCAGCGCUCCCAGCACUGCCAAGCUAACAAAGUCCACUGGCACCUCCACAGGGAUCUCUAGAACCAUAACCACACUCUGGAGCAGCUUGCCCCCUAGUGCCCCAACCACAUCUACCAGAUCCACUAAACCCAACUCUACCUUGAGGACAACGAACCCUCAAACACUGAUCACCACUCACACGUACAAGAGUCACACUAAAGCCCCUAUUACCACAGCAUCCUCUCCUGAAGCAAUGAGUACAGAGGAGGUCAGAAAGUCCUCCUCAUCUGCCGCUCUGACCACACCUGGACCAUCCUAUUCCCCCGCUGGAAGCACCACCAUGAGUUCAGCCAUGGCGGCCUCCACGAGCACAGCAAUUACACAUUCCAAGACCACCCCAGAGCUCACUGGAGCUCCUUCAGCCAGCACCACAGAACUACGCAGGACACUGACCACGUCCACUUCAGCAGCCAGCACGGUCACACACACGGUCAGCACGCCUGUGACCUCUACCACCUGCCAACCUCAAUGUCAGUGGACAGGAUGGCUUGACGCAGACUACCCCACGUCUGACAGGGAGGGAGAAGACAUUGAGACAUAUGAGAGAAUAAGGGCCUCUGGGGCAGAUAUCUGCGAACAGCCUCAGGGCAUCCAGUGUGUGGCCCAGAACUACCCUGACAUGAGUUUGGACAUGUUGGGUCAGGAAGUGACAUGUGAUGUCAACUUCGGUCUGGUGUGCCGCAACAGGGACCAGAAAGGUGAUUUGGGGAUGUGCUACAACUACAUGAUCCGGGUGCUGUGCUGCAGUGUGAGCCACUGCCAGGGACCGACCACCACUGCGGGCUCACCCCCCACACCACAAACUGCCACCACUGCCACCCAGACCCUGUCCUCCAAGUCUCAGGCCAACACUAGUCUAACUGUGACCAGAACUUACUCGGCUUCCACCACGGUAGCAACAAGCUUCUCAAAAACUCCACCUGGCUCUAGCUACACGGCCCCUAUUGUCACAUCCUCUACCAGAAGCACCCCUCAUGUUUCAAGUGUCACAGAAAGUAGCAGCCCAGGAACGGUCUCCUCUAUCCAUACAACACUCACCAUCAUGCCUAAAACAUUACAGCCAUCGACAGCUGCUUUGACAACAAAGCAAACUUCCUCGACUGGAACCUGGACCAGAACACUUACUGGUACAGCUGGCACUGCCUUUUCAAAACUUCCACCCACAAGCCUAACUACAGUCUUAGAAGAGCUGUCUACCAGUACACCAAGCAUGCAGACGCUACCAGUUACCAUGACUACCGCCAGCACCAGCCAAGGCACAACCCUCUGCCAGCCCAAGUGUACGUGGACGGAAUGGUUUGAUGUAGACUCACCAACCUCAGGAGUAGUAAGAGGAGACAUGGAGACCUAUGAAAACAUCAGAGCUUCUGGUAAGAAGAUGUGCCAGGCACCAGAAAAGAUUGAGUGCCGGGCAGAGAACUAUCCUGCAGUGAGCAUUGAUAAGGUUGGCCAAGUAGUAAGCUGCAGCCUGGAGACAGGGCUAGUCUGCAAAAAUGAGGACCAAACAGAUGAUUUCAAAAUGUGCUUCAACUAUAAUAUACGUGUGCUUUGCUGUGAUGACUAUAGCCACUGCCCUAGCACAACUGCGGUUCCACCUACAUCUACCACAAACAAGCCUAAAGCAAGUAAAGAGGUCCCCACCAUGCCCACCAGUUCAUCAACAAGACAAAGACACUCCACCAAAGCUACCACGUCUUCAAAGACUUCAGACAGCCUGACGACCAAUGUUAUCCAUACAGGAUCCAUACCUUCCACACACUCAGUCAGUAGCCCUGUGACCUCUACCACCUGCCAACCCCAAUGUCAGUGGACAGGAUGGCUUGACGCAGACUACCCCACGUCUGACAGGGAGGGAGAAGACAUUGAGACAUAUGAGAGAAUAAGGGCCUCUGGGGCAGAUAUCUGCGAACAGCCUCAGGGCAUCCAGUGUGUGGCCCAGAACUACCCUGACAUGAGUUUGGACAUGUUGGGUCAGGAAGUAACAUGUGAUGUCAACUUCGGUCUGGUGUGCCGCAACAGGGACCAGAAAGGUGAUUUGGGGAUGUGCUACAACUACAUGAUCCGGGUGCUGUGCUGCAGUGUGAGCCACUGCCAGGGACCGACCACCACUGCGGGCUCAACCCCCACACCACAAACUGCCACCACUGCCACCCAGACCCUGUCCUCCAAGCCUUAUCCCAACACCAGUCCAGUUGAGACCUGGUCUCCUUCAGGCUCCACCAGCAGCAUCCAGGGCUCAGAGAUGCCCACCUCUGGGAUCCUGACUGCCAGUGUGUCAUCCACACCCAGCACUUCUCUGACAGCCACCUCAAAGACUACUCAGCAUCCCAGGAGCCCAGAAUCCUCUGGGACUCCUUCAGUGGUGACAACAAGGUCCACCUCUCAAGGGCACUCCCUACCUCCCAGCAGUCCCCAUGCCACCAGCGCAUUCUCAGCAACAACCUCAAGGACUUCCCUGGCCAGAGCGACAACCUUCUCUACCUCUCUGACCACACCUGGACCAUCCUAUUCCUCUGCUGGAAGCACCACCAUGAGUUCAGCCAUGGCGGCCUCCACGAGCACAGCAAUUACACAUUCCAAGACCACCCCAGAGCUCACUGGAGCUCCUUCAGCCAGCACCACAGAACCACGCAGGACACUGACCACGUCCACUUCAGCAGCCAGCACGGUCACACACACGGUCAGCAUGCCUGUGACCUCUACCACCUGCCAACCCCAAUGUCAGUGGACAGGGUGGCUUGACGCAGACUACCCCACGUCUGACAGGGAGGGAGAAGACAUUGAGACAUAUGAGAGAAUAAGGGCCUCUGGGGCAGAUAUCUGCGAACAGCCUCAGGGCAUCCAGUGUGUGGCCCAGAACUACCCUGACAUGAGUUUGGACAUGUUGGGUCAGGAAGUGACAUGUGAUGUCAACUUCGGUCUGGUGUGCCGCAACAGGGACCAGAAAGGUGAUUUUGUGAUGUGCUACAACUACAUGAUCCGGGUGCUGUGCUGCAGUGUGAGCCACUGCCAGGGACCGACCACCACUGCGGGCUCACCCCCCACACCACAAACUGCCACCACUGCCAGACUCUCUAGUACUGCCAUAAAUACCUCUUGGGUUUCUCCUAGUACUCUCAGCCACACAUCAGCUACUUCCACACCCACCAGUACUUUCAAAGAUAAUCAGUCCUCCUCUCUGCCGAGUACUAGGACUACGGUCAUCUCUACUCCACUCUCCAGUUCCACGGGCUGCGAACCUCAAUGUACCUGGUCAGAUUGGCUGGACCAUAGUUCACCCAUCCCUGGGAGUUCUGGAGGGGAAUUUGAGACCUAUGCCAACAUUAGAGCAGCUGGAAUUGCUAUAUGUGAAAAGCCCCUGGACUUAGAAUGUGAUGUUGUUGACCAGCCCCAUGUGCCUCAGCAGGAGUUGAAUCAGGUGAUCAACUGCAGUUUGAACUUUGGUCUGGUGUGCAGGAACCUGGACCAGCCGGGGCCCUUUAGUGUAUGCCUCAACUACCGCAUCCGUGUGCUUUGCUGUGAUGACUAUAGUCACUGCCCUAGUACCCCUUCCAGCACCAGAACGUCAGCACUGCCCUGGUCUACCCACACUUCUCUGGUCCCUUUCACAACCACUGUGGCCUCAAGCACUGAGUCUACCUUUCAGACCAAGCAUCCCUUCAGCUCCCCAGUGCCAAGUACCCAAGCAUCCACAUGGACCACACUUACUGACUCGGGCUGUGCACCUAGAUGCACAUGGACAGACUGGUUUGAUGCAGACUUCCCUAACCCUGGCCCCAGAGGUGGGGACUUUGAGGUCUAUGCAGUGCUACGUGAGGUUGGCUUUGUGUUCUGUGAGCAGCCCAAGGACAUCCAGUGCCGCUCUGAGAAGGAGCCAGACAGGCCCCUGGAAACGCUCGAGCAGGUGGUCCAGUGUGAUGUGCGAUUUGGGCUGAUAUGCAAGAAUAUCAACCAAUCGGGGCCUUUGCAAUAUUGUGACAACUACCAUGUGCGCCUCCUCUGCUGUGACAACACCACCCACUGCACCACCCCACCCAUGGCCACCCCCUCCACUGCUCCUUCUACCUCUACCCUGUUGUCCACUCACACUUCCCCAAUCUCGAACACCAUGACCUCUUCCCCUGUGGCCACAAGCUCCUCUGUGCCCCACUCCUCUACCCUAGUGCCUACUCCUACCUCUCCAGUUCUGACCACCGCAACGUCACCUGGAGCCAUGGUCCCUACUGCAACCCUCUCCUCCACCACAGAGACCACUCACACCCCUGAACUUUCCCCCAGCAGUCAGGUGACCUUCAGCAUGUCUACUGUUUCUCCCUUGGGCCUCAGUACCCUUAGGUCUACUGUCUUUUCCAGUCAAUCAGUUUCCCCGUCACCCUGUUUCUGCUGGGCAUUUGGACAGCUCUUCUUACCUGGAGAUGUCAUCUACAAUAAGACUGAUGGAGCUGGCUGCCAAUUCUAUGCCACCUGCAACCAAAACUGUGAGCUUGACCGCUUCCAGGGUGCCUGUCCAUCCUCUUCACCUCCAGUGCCCUCUACCCCUGUGCCUUUGUCUACCCUGCUUCCUGGCUGUGAUAAUGCCAUCCCUCCCCGGCAGGUGAAUGAGUCCUGGACCCUGGAGAACUGCACAGUGGCUAGGUGCCAGGGAAAUAACCAAAUCAUCCUCGAAGAGCCAGAGCCUGUGGACAAUGUCACCUGUGUCAACAAGCACUUGCCCAUCAAAGUGUGGGACCAGGAGCCUUGCCACUUCCACUAUGAGUGUGAAUGCUUCUGCAGUGGAUGGGGGCAGUCACACUACCUGACAUUUGAUGGCACCUCCUAUACUUUUCUGGACAACUGUACCUCGGUGCUCAUGAGAGAGAUCCACCCUCGCCAUGGCAACCUGAGCAUCCUUACUCACAGCUACUACUGUGGGGCUACCACCAAUGCCACCUUCUGUCCCCGUGCCCUCAGUGUGAACUACAACUCUAUGGAGAUUGUCCUCACCAUCACCACCACUGGCAGUGGGAAGGAGGAGAGCCUGGUCAUAUGGGACCAAAUGUUGAUAAGCUCAGGCUACACUAAGAAUGGUGUGACAGUGUCCUUGAGCGGCACCACCACAAUGAGUGUCUACAUUUCCACCAUUGGCACCAGCAUCACCUUUGAUGGGCACAUCUUCCAGAUAUGGUUACCCUACAGAUACUUCAGCAACAAUACUGAGGGCCAGUGUGGUACCUGCACCAAUAGCCAGACAGAUGACUGCCGCCGGCCAGAUGGCACCAUAGCUUCCAACUGCCAGGACAUGGCCAAAGACUGGCUGGUUCCCAGGAAUAGCAACGACAGCUGCUUAGCUCAGCCUAGCCCUCCCCCGAGCACCACUUCCCAGCCCCCAGUAUCCAGCACAUCCACCUCUACCCCAUGUCCCACUGCACCUCUCUGUGAGCUGAUGCUGAGCCAGGUCUUCGCUGAGUGUCACAGGCUCAUCCCUCCAGACACCUUCUUCAGUUCCUGUGUUAAUGACCACUGCAAUGCCAACGUUACUGACAUGCUCUGUCAAAGCCUGGAGGCCUACGCAACACUCUGCCGGGCCCGGGGUGUGUGCAUCAACUGGCGCAAUGCCACUGAAGGGCUAUGUGACCUCUCCUGUCCACCCACGAAGGAAUACAGGCCUUGUGGACCCCUGCAUCCAGCAUCCUGCAGCUCCAGGACCCUGAGUGUUUCAACUGAGAUGAAGGCAGAGGGCUGCUUCUGCCCUGAGAAUCAGCUCCUCUUCAACUCCCGCAUGGACAUUUGUGUGCAGGAGUGUCCCUGCGUGGGACCAGAUGGACUACCCAAGUUUCCGGGAGAACACUGGAUCAGCAACUGCCAGUCCUGUGUGUGCGACCCCAGCUCUGUGUCGGUACAGUGUGAGCCAGUGCAGUGUGAGAGCCAGGAGCUCCCACAGUGCACAAAAGCUGGCUUUGUGACUGUGACCAGGCCCAAGGCUGACAAUCCAUGCUGCUCCGAGACAGUCUGUGUCUGCAAUACAACCACCUGCCCCAAGAGUCUGUCCAAGUGUGAGCCAGGGCACGAGCUGAUCCGCAUCUAUGAGGAAGGCAGCUGCUGCCCCAGCUCCAUCUGCAGACCCUUGAUGUGCACACACAAUGACACCCUCUACGGGGUUGGUGCAAACUUCCCAGGGGAUGUUCCCUGCCAAACAUGCACCUGCUUCUCUGUGGGCAAUCAAGAACCAAAAGUAGAGUGUAGAGAGAUCCUUUGUACUACCUUCUGCCCCCAGGGCUUCAAGUACACGCUGGUGCCAGGGCAGUGUUGUGGGGAGUGUGUACAGAAUGCCUGCUUCACACCAGAGGGCCAGGCAAUGCAGCCCAAUGAAACCUGGGUGAACAGCCAUUUUGACAACUGCACGGUGUACCUCUGUAAGGCUGAGAAUGGAAUCCAUGUACUGACUCCACUCCCCAUGUCCUGCCCUGAUGUGUCCAACUGUAGGGGAACCCUAAGGAAAAUAGGUUGCUGUUACUCCUGUGAAAAAGAAGACUCAAGUACAUGUCAAGUGCGUGUAAGCACAACCAUCCUACGGCAUAAGGGCUGUGAAACAGAGAUGGCAGUCAACGUCACCUUCUGCGAGGGUUCCUGCUCUGGAACGUCCAAGUACUCCUUGGAGGUCCAGGCCAUGGAGCAUCAGUGCACCUGCUGUCAGGAGAGCAAGGUCCAUGAUGUAGCUGUGGCCAUGCAGUGUCCCAACGGUACAGUCAUCCAGCACACCUAUACCCACGUCGAUGAGUGCAGCUGUGCCCUGGCCUGCAGUUCCCUGCCCAUGGCAUCCAUGAACACUCCCUAA